AUGGCUCUCCUCGCGUUGAUGCUCUGGGCUCCGCUGGCGUGGCUGGCGGCCUGGACGGCUUACUCGUGGUAUUGUCUGUACUGCAACUACCAGGAGGCCCGCACGCUCGGCGUCCCCGUCCGCGUCAUCCCGAUCGACCACCUCAACAAGCUGUGGCUCCUGGUGGACAAGCAGGUCGUGUCCCUGGUCCGGCGGCUGCCCGGCCCGCUGGGCAACAACAGCUUCACCCGUUUCAACUACCGCGGCUGGCACGAGGAUGAUGGGCUGCGGGCCCACGACGAGAUGGGCGACGCCUGGGUGCUGGUCACCCCGUGCCGGAACUGGCUGUACCUGGCCGAUCCGGAUGCCCUGAUGAGCAUGUACCGCCGGGGCAAGGAUUUUCCUCGCUGGGUCGAGAUUACGAAGAUGCUGGAUGUCUUUGGAGGGCCCAAUAUCGCAACGGCCUCGGGAGACGAGUGGCGGCGGAUCCGCAGGAUCGCCAACUCGGCCAUGAACGAGCGGUGCAACGCGGUGGUGUGGGACGAGUCGGCGGCGCUGGGCGAGGCCAUGGCGCGGUACUGGGCGUCCAAGGGGGUCUUCACGAGCGUGGGCGAGGACUCGCGCACCGUGACGCUGCACGUGCUGGCCAAGGCCUGCUUCGGCCAGUCCUUCCCCUUCGAGGGCCACGACGAGCGCGCCCCGACCAGCGCGUCCGCCCGCUUCCGCUUCUCCCUGCUCACCGUGAUGGAGAACGCGCUGCUGAUCCUGGCCCUGACCCCGCGCUUCUUCACCUGCCCCUGGCUGCCCCUGCCGCCCGCCUGGCGCCGCCUCGGCGCCGCCUGCGAGGAGUUCAAGAGGCACAUGGCCUCCUUCUAUCGCCGGGAGCUCCGCGCGCUGAGGGAGGAGGAGGGGGAGGGGGAGGGGGAGGGGGAGGAGGAGAACGGGGAGAAGAAGAAGACGAAGCGGGACUACACCCUCAUCGGUGCCCUCGUCCGCGAGUCACGGGGACGCUUGGGGAAGAGCAUAGAUGAGUCAAAUCAGGACUGGGAGAAGCAGCUACAAAAGGAUGAGAACAGCAAGAAAGAGGAAGGGGAGGAGGAGAGUUGGGAGGAGGAGAGUUGGGAGGAGGGGGCUGGCCAUUACGGCAUCGGCACCGGCAAGGCCACCGGCAAGAUCGGCGGCGGCGGUGGCGGUGGCGGCGGCAUGACCGAGGACGAGAUCUACGGCAACAUGUUCGUCUUCAGCUUCGCGGGCCACGACACGACGGCGCACCUGCUCACCUACGCCGUCUUCUUCCUGGCCGCCAACCCGUCGGUCCAGUCCUGGGUGGCCGCCGAGAUCCGCCGCGUGCUCGGCACCCGCCCCCGCUCCGAGUGGUCCUACCACGGCGACUUCCCGCGCCUCCGCCGCUGCCUCGCCGUCCUCUACGAGACCCUGCGCGUCAAGACGCCCGUGUGCGAGGUCAAGUGGACGGCCGGCCGCGCCCAGCAGCUGCCCCUCGGCGUCGGCGGCGGCGGCGGCGGCGGCGGCGGCAUGGGGGUGGGGGUGGGCGGUCCGAGGAGCAUCACGGUACCGCCCAGAACCCUCGUCGUGCCCAGCUACCUGUACGUGCAGAAGCACGCCCGCUACUGGGGGCCCGACGCCGCCGAGUGGCGGCCCGAGCGGUGGAUCGCCCGGCGCGACCAGGUGCUCACGGCGGACGGCCAGCUGACGUGCCACGCGGGGAAUGAUAAUACCCGGUUCAACAACGCCGCCGUCGCCGAUGCUGGUGCUGGUGCUGGCGACGGAGACGGCGACGAGAUCCUGCUGCCGCCGCCGUCGCGGGGCAACUUCCUGGGCUGGUCCGAGGGCGCGCGCGACUGCCCCGGCAAGCGCUUCUCGCACGUCGAGUGGGUGGCCUUCCUGGCCGCCCUGUUCCGGGACUGGAAGGUCGAGCCGCAGCUGCGCGACGGCGAGACGUUUGCCGAGGCCCGCACCCGCCUCCUCGACUUUGUCGAGGCCGACACGGGCUACGGCGGCCUGCUGCUCCAGCUCUUGCACCCGGAGCGCGUGCCCCUCGUCUGGAAGCCCAGGGAACCCUGA